AUGGGAGUGACAGGAAUUCAAAAUAGUUUCAAUUUCAAUGAGGUAAGAUGAUUUCAAAUGUAAGCAGGUGAUUCCCGACAAUUUUACACGAUGUUUUUUCAUGAAUUUAACGGCCCAAAUCCCACUGAAAUGGAGUGCGCAUGGUGGGAUAAAAUGCCACGUUAUCUGCUCCUGUGUUAAGAAAUCGCGAAUGAUAGACCUUGUGUUGCUCGUUAAUUGGUGUAAUUCCCGCAGUUCGCGAAUUGCGCCCACAAAGGUGUUUACAUUAUCGGAAUAUAUAUGUUUUCAUUCUUUUUCUGAGACGCACGUCAGUGAUAUUUUUAUCCUCAAAAUGUUCAUUGAACGGCGUAAAAGUAUAACUGAAAGUGAGGAGAGUAGUGAUGAUGAAGUAGUGAAUUUUAGAAGAAAAGUUAUAAAUAGAAUUUCAUCGAAUUCAGACUCGGAUAUUGAACCAUAUGCAAGUGAAGACCUUGAUGACAUGUUGGAAGAACUUGCUAUAGACGAAGAAGAGGAACAGAACUCUGUUGAUGAUUCAUUCACAAUAUCCAUUGGAACGAAUUCGCUAACAGGCAACAGUCAUUUCCGUUCACCGGAAAAAGUGGGCUUCUGA